CCACUACACUUUUCUUCCUCUCUUCCUUCUACCACUCUUUAUGAAAAACAAGUAUGCUCUAUGGUUGCAACUAAACCAGAUUUUCCACACCAAAGUUUUCCUUUAGUUUGAUACUUAUAUCCCUCAAAAUUGUCGAGAUGGGCCCGAAGAUUUAUGAUCCUAGAACAUACAUUCAUUCGAGUUCGCGAAAUACUAAUUUGUUGGAUGAGCAAUCUCACCAUCGAUCUGAAAAGUGUUUGGGCGGCAGAACUGGUAAACAUUAUUUCCUCAUAUACCUUCUCUUUUAAAUGCGAAGAUCAUCAUGUACCAGUGCUACAUAAGUCUAUGCUUACCUUUUGGUGGUUCCGAACUUAGGUAACCUAAUUCGUGUGUUCAGCCCCCGUGCUCCCACCUUAGAGCGUUAAAUCGCGGAUUUGGAAUGAAGCGCAUAGAAUUCGCGAACUAUUAUUAUUGGGAGCGUGAAUCCUGUGAUGGAGAACGCGAAUUUAAUCAAUCUGGAGAGAGGCCUCCCUGAGGUUAAGUGGGGGAGAGAGAGGCGGUGGAGAUGAUGAAUCUGGUCGUCUUUGUCGAGGUCAAUGCCGUGAGAGAGGGAGAGUUGGAUUGCCCUUAAUCUGUUCACAGACUACAGGGUCAUAAAGCAUGACCGAGAAUUGAAAGAAAGGGCGAGAGGAGCCGUCGUAGAAUCCGCAGCUGCAACCCAGCAACGGUCCAGAUCUAGUACUGGUGAACGCCUCCGCCCUCUUUCAAUCUCCUACUCGCCUUCAAUUUUCUUUUGUUUUAACAGAGUACAUAGUCGAUAAUGGGAAAAUGGAAAUGGAACUUUGAUCCGAAAAAGGGCCUAUCUGACUUCAAAAGUUGUUUUUAAAAAGUGAAGUACAAAGAAACUAAUGCGCCAAGGACUUGGCCCAAAAACUUAGUAAUACCCGUCUUUAUAAUUGGCCCACAGAAAAGCAAGUCUUAUAAAGUUUUAAUAGCCCAUUUGCACUUUGACUAUAACUUUGUUACUCAUUAUAGUAUAAACUCCAAUGUUUAAGUAAUAACACAAAUCCAAUUUUUCUUAGCUACCAGUCUAUCACCUGCAUUUUUUCACUUGAAAAGUAGAGUUUUGCUUGUUUAGUCUUAGCCCAUUUUCAAUCUUCAAUCAGCAAAGUGUUUACUACUCGAAAUCUUCUUAUUUGAUUCAAGUUCUUAGUUAUUAUAGAAAAUCCCAUCAGAAAGUUAUUAUAGAAAAUGAAUAAAUUGAUUAAUUUAAAUAAUAUAAUAUCACGCUCUCGUCGCGCUCUUAAAAUUGAAAUAUUCAUAAAUGAGCUCGCUCCCGCUCCGCGAAUUUGGUUACUUAAUUCCGGACAAAUCUGGUGGAAAUAUUCGUUGUAUGUGGCUCCGACUACUAUUGAGAAAUUGGGAUGAGAUUGGAGAAAAAGUUAGGGAUAUGCUUGUUUGGCAAUGAUAUAUGCAGAGCUGUGCAAGUCUACUUACCCAAAGAGAAAGCAAAGAGGUGGUUUCAUGUUGAUCCUCCAACUCUAGGUUUGGGAGAACCUUCCAACCUUUGCUCUGAUCUGCCUUGCCGACCUUUGGACUCCUACAGAGCAACUAAGGCAAUUGGCUUAUGGUGCUAGAUGGAUAGGGGCUUCCACGAGAGACACUUGGCCCGAAUACUCUCUAGCUGGUAACAUUCUAGUUUAUGAACAUUGAUUUAUUCGUUUUAAGAUUAAUUUAUUUGUAUGGAUAUGAACACAACUUUGUUUGUUGAAAUUGUUUGUAUGGAUAAAAAUAAUAAUUUAUUUGUUGAAAUUAUUUGUAUGGACAUUAAUUUAUUUAUAGGUCGAGUGGGAUCCGUAUCUGGACGAAUCUUUGGCGAUGUACGAGUUGCGAUACCUAGAGGAUCUGCAGGGGUAAAAUCACUGAUUGGCCAAACAAGCACCAAGCAUGUAUUUGUAUGUGGAAGCUCGUCAUACAUUUGCAAUUGAUGGCAUCUCAAUGACGAGGUCAAUGAGGUACCAAGACGAGUAUAUGAUUUGGUACAAAGUUCACAAAUAGAUGUGUAACCAAACAUGGUGUUGUGGACGAUUCCUUGGUAAGCAUCAACCACCUGAGGCUUUCAUCCAAAUGUUUGACCAACCACGAAACCUGAAUAAUGAGUCCAAAUCAUCCUCUUCCACGUCACUUGUCUUGCUAGAGUACAGAGGACUUGGUUUAUCCACAUAUGGAUCAUUGUCGACAUCAGAUGCUUGUGUAGAUGCUUGUUUUGGUGCCCUUUUGUUAUCCUAUUCUUCACCCUAUACUGGUCACUCCUGAUCAUCAUGUUCACUCAAUGAACUAGGUGCAAUACGAGUCUCAUAUCCUGGCCAUGGAUUAUCAUCUGAACCUCCGAAAUCUCUUGAACAAUAAACUCCACCCAAACCUUCAUCGUGUCGUAUAACCCCCACCACCAUACUGGCCAACAUCUUUUGUCUCGACAUACACUAUCAAUUUGUUGUAAUAAAUCUCAACAUCACAUAAUGUAUCAUCGUCAAACAGAAUUGAUCCUUCAUAUACAAGUGUAUAUCCGUUGUAAACUAACAUACAGUAAGUCAUCUUGCAUAUUUUUCGUCCCCUAUACAACACCUUUCCACACAAAUGCGGCAAAAAUCCUCCCAAGUAAAUAUGCUCUCAAUCUAGACAGCUGAAUCAGUAUGUCAAUUUUCGCAUUUCCUACCCAUUUAUGCAGUUUACAAAAGCAUAAUUACAUACAGUUCAAACAAUACUAAAUAGAACCUGCAUGUAUUAAUCCAAAAUUCUAAUUCUCACUCAACCAACAUAAUUAGAGCUUACCUCCAAAAUGCUUCUUUGCUCUGCUAUAGUGCUCCACCUCCAGGUGUUGUGUUUGUGUUUGGAAGAAAGAACCUCCUAUUGAAGGCUAAACUAGUAAGCGAUAUUUAGCGGUAUGAAAUAGUUGAACCACGGUUAAACAAUUAUUUUGGCAUAAAAUAGCCUAGCACUGACUUUUCUGAUACAACCUUGUACAGUAUUUGAAUCCUUGAAAAAAAAACCCACAUGUAAAACGUACACUGUAAUUUCAACACCGCCAUUUUUCGGUUCUGUUUUGGCUGGUAAUCUGGUUUUGCCUCAGAAUUGCAGAAAGUGUCAACACCAGUAAAUUUCAGUCCCGAAAGAUGGUGUGUUUAAUCUCUGAUUUUGUCAUCGGAUAAAGAGGGAAAACCACUAAAAAAAAUCACAAAACGCUGGAAAUCAGACUUUCAAGACUACAUAUGUACGAAUCAAUCCAGGAAAGGACCCAACAUAUAAUGGAAAAUUCCUCAACCCUGAAAAGAUCGAUUCAUGGAAGGGCAUUUUCAGCCCCUUUUGCUCUUUGCCUCUGUCUGAACCAAACAGUGGUCUAUUGUUUCCAAUUCACCGGCUAGGUUAUUCGAAGGCAAUCCUGCAGGAAAUCAAUUUUUUAAAAAGAAUUGCAAAAGAUAAUGUAGAAAUUUAUUGGGGGAAGAAAAGUAUCCAAGGCUGCUUGUAGGCCAGCAAUUUGGAUUAACGCUAACCCCUCAAAAAGACCUCGAGGGUUUUAGUAUUAGAAACCCCUUUUGAGGGGGAUUGCUAAGAACCCUAAAUCUCAGCCUCCAAACUAAACCUGAUUGUGAAAUCUGCCCACAAAAGGGGUUUCCACACGGUUACUCUAAGAGGUGUCGAGUCUGAUGACCAGAGAUGAACAAAAGGGAAAACUUGAUUCGAUUGGAGAAAGGAAAAUAGUUAUACAGACCGGAGAUUGGAGAGGAAGAAAGGGUAACUGAGCCUGGGAUGGAGGAGCGGCUGCUGCUUGUUCUACUGCAGAGGGAGAACUCCCCUGUCCUUUUUAAAUGGUAUCCGUCUUGAUUCCUGUCUUCUAGGCAUGGUUGUCACGCCGGCUGGCGUGCCACUGGUUGAACCUGGUUCAACCUAUACCGGUCAUAAAACCGGUAUGACCGGCAUGAUCGAUAUGCGAAUCUCUAAGUAAAAUUUUUUUUGGUAAGAAUCUCUAAGUAAAAUGAUCUUAUAUUA